GUUAAAGGGCUGGAGACUGAUCGCGCAGGUAACGUGAGCCCUGGACUUUUCUCUUAUUUUCAGUGCCUUUGCAGCGAUUCUUAUUUCUUAGGUUUUCAUCCUGUUUUGGAUCUUUGUUUUGCUUUGGGUUUGUUUGUACCCUCGCACCCCCCCCCCCCCCCCCCCCGCUUUUGGCUGCUCCUUUCCGUUUAGAUCCUUAUUACAGGCGACUCCAGUGCGACUAACUCCUUCUCCUGUUUCUCAUGGUCAAACAUUGACCAAACAAACUUAAUCAAGAUUGAAGUAAUCGAGUAAACAACAGCAACAACACUGAUUCGGCCGUGGAACGUUCCCGGGAGGGAAGCAUUGUGACGUCAGCGCACCUACUAAUCCUCCCAAUUGAGGGGGAGCCUGGAGCCAUGAGGUCAUCGUAGCGGCCGGUGUAGCCAUCCGGGCGGCGGCAGCGGCGGGGGAGGGGAGAGCAGAGAGCAGAGCAGAACGGGCAGCGGGCCCAAGCGAGGCCGACUGGGAGCCUGCCGCCGCGCUCCAGCUGUACUGAGGCGGACGCCGAGCUCCCGCAAGCAUGGAGGAGGCUGAGGCGAAGGAGCUGCAGGUCGGCUCCUGGCUACCCGUGCUGGUGGAGCAGAUGGUGAACGACACGUUGGUGGUCACCUUGAGCUGCGGGGAGAGGCGCUUCACUGGGAUCCUCCUGGACUGCACUAAAAAGUCUGGCUUGCUCUGUCUUCCACCACCUUCGUUGCCAAAGCAAGAGGACCCUCCUGCUGAUGCUUGCACUAACUGGGUUCCUGAAAACAGACGGGCCGCGAAGGGUGAGACGGAGUCCCAGCUUUCUAGUGAAAAACCUCCCAAAGGAAACAAUGAUGAACAGGUUCCUCCUCUUUUGCCACCUCCAUCGCCAGGCAAUGUUCCUCCUUACCCGCCCUAUUUUGAGGGAGCUCCUUUUCCUCCUCCUUUAUGGUUAAGACACACAUAUAACCAGUGGGUUCCUCAGCCACCACCAAGGACUAUAAAGAGGACAAAAAGACGGUUGUCACGAAAUAGAGACCCAGGAAGGCUUAUCAUGAGCACUAUUAGGCUGAGGCCCAGGCAAGUGCUCUGUGAAAAAUGUAAAAAUACUCUGAACCCAGAGGAAGUGAACUACAAAGCCAGGCAAAAUGCUAAAACAAGGAGGAAGCUAAGCAUUCAGGAUAAGGAGCAAAAAAAGCACAGUGAUUCUGAUUCUGUAGAGAAAAGGAACAAAAGAGAAAAGAGGGAGGAAGACAAAUUUUCUGGGGAAUUAGUGCAUCGAACUCCAGUGAUAAAAAUAUCCUACAGCACACCACAAGGUAAAGGUGAAGUUGUGAAAAUUCCCUCCCGGAUUCAUGGAUCAGUUAAACCAUUUUGUCCACAGCGGAUAUUGCAGAAUGGAGGGGAGGACCAAGAGGAGAACCGAGACUCUGAACGAUAUCAGGAAACCAAAUGUUUUAUGGAUAAGUCGGCAAGCAGCCAACUUGCUUCCAUUCCAAAACUGAAAUUAACUAGGCCUGUGCAUUCCAAUGCAGAUGUUCCACCUCCAAAAAUCAGACUGAAACCCCAUCGAAUAAAUGAUGGUCAGAGUGUUUCCAUUUAUAAAGCAGAACUUAUUGAUGAGAUAAAUGUCCUUCAGAGUAGCAGGGAGUCCAAUCCUGCUGCAUUUUACACUGAUGAAUCUGCAGAUAGAAGUUUAGCAGAGAUGUCUUCAGGGAGUUCAGGUGAAGAUGAUGACUUCAAAAGAUUUCCCCAAGGUAAAGAUGGACAUGAUAACUUGGCUUUUCUUAUGAAUUAUCGUAAAAGGAAGGCAGAUUCUUCUAGUUUAUCAGUGUGUAGCAAUGACAGUCUAGAUGAAUCCAAAUCCUCUAGUUCAGAAGUAACAUCACCAGAAAUGUGUGACUUUUUACCUGGUGAUGAUGCAUCUGUUUCUUCAUCUUCAAAAGAUGACCGUAAAAUUGUGCCACCAUUAACAGUUAGACUACAUACACAGAGUGUCUCUAAAUGUGUCACUGAAGAUGGAAGAACUGUUUCAGUGGGGGAUAUUGUUUGGGGUAAAAUUCAUGGUUUCCCAUGGUGGCCGGCACGUGUUCUUGACAUAAACCUUAGCCAGAAGGAAAAUGGAGAACCUUCCUGGCGAGAAGCUAAAGUAUCAUGGUUUGGUUCUCCAACAACCUCAUUCUUAUCUGUUUCAAAACUCUCUCCUUUCUCUGAAUCUUUCAAACUGAGAUUUAAUCGUAAGAAGAAAGGGAUGUAUCGGAAAGCUAUUACAGAAGCUGCAAAGGCAGUAGAGCAUCUGACCCCAGAAAUAAGAGAUCUCUUAACCCAGUUUGAAACAUAACUUUGCCUCCAGUACCAGGGCCUGUCCCUGCUCCAAUUGAAGUCCAUGGCAAAACUCCUGGUGACAUUGAAUAAGAUCAAGAUUUGUCUCUUGGCAUCCUGCUGAUGGUGGCUAUCAUGCUAAACAUGACCACAUGCAUGACACUUACAGAUUGGGACCCCAGUGAAAUAUUAUUAAACCAGGAUACAAACUAACUUUUUUUUUCUCUGAAAUCACAAUUCUAACUGUUAGAAAAACUUUUCCUCUUUUAAAAUCUAGUUUUGUGCUCUGGCUCCCACAGAGCUCAAUGGUGGUUCAUCACUUUGUCCCUUAUUUUCCUCAUUUGCCUUAUUUAAGAAAUGCAUACACAAGCCAAUGAUUUUUUUUUUUCUUCCAAGUUUCUAGCAUGAGGAAGCUUACUCAUGAUUUAUAGCAAUAUUUGACUCAACACUUCAGCUAUUGUGACUAAGCUGGUAAAUGUUUGUAUAAUUCGGAGGCAGGCAGGUUUGAUCUAGAGGAAAAUGAAGGGAAAUUCUGCUGACAGUUUGCUUUUGCAAACUUAUUCUGGAUAGUUAAAUCUUGAAAAACUGCACUAAUGAGAAGCACUGGACGUUCUUUCACCCUCCAUCAAAUGUCACCAGUUUAUUUACCUGAAUGUGAGAGAAACCCAGAAUUCUCCCUCUUUCUUUGUACCAUGACCAUUGUGCCAAAUUCCUCACUUCUCCUACGUAAAAACCUGAAUUGAGCUUAGAAAGGCCUUAAGGCAUUCCUGAAAACGUUCUUUAUCUUCUCUCUACCCAAGUGCCGUAUCUGACUCACCUUUUCAGUCUUUCUGCUAAAAUUAUCUGUCAGUUUCCAUGAGAAAAUAACUAGUAGAUAUUCAUCUGCGAAAGAUAAUGCUUCAAUACGUCUGUUAGUCUAUAAGGUGCCACAGGACUCUUUGCCGCUAUCUGCUAACUGUGCCACAACUUAAUUCUGUACCAACCAGGAGGCAGCCAUCGCAUCUGAUGACUUGUAAGGAGGGAAAGGGGCAGGAGAUCAAAGGUCGUCAUCACUUGGAUCUUCAGUAUGACAUUGUACUGCUGCUACACUGGAUUUUUCUUGUUUGUGGUUCCUUUUUUCCCCAUUGUGUCUUGCUUUUACAUAAUUUUUAUGACAUGCAUCAAUAACUAGAUGAUACCAUAUUUGAAUACCUUGUCUAAAACUAGCUUUCUGUCCCUUCAAUGGGACAGAGUUUCAUUACUUUCUGUGAAUUUUCUUAAGACAACUGAAGUUUUCUCACCACUUUUCAGUAACUGACGACUUCUUUUCCUUUUAGUUGCUGUAGGUCACACUGGCUCAGUUACUGUUGCAAUCAGUCGUGCCAGGAAAAACUUAUUUGUGUUGUAAAUCAAAGUGUGUCUUGAUUGUUUUAGGAUGUUCAGUCGUGAGUCUUUUAUGUCUCUGAUAUGGUAAUUAACAAGAUUACGUAGCCAUACUUGUAAUAACACACUUUGUGCCAUUGCAGAAAUGGGCCCAUUAAUACUUGUGUAAGGGGAGAUCUGUUUACAAACAAAAUCCAAUAGAACCACAUAACAUUUAUAACAAGGAGUCCGGUGGCACCUUAAAGAUUUAACAGAUUUAUUUGGACACAAGCUUUCCUCUGUGUGUGUGUGU